AUGGAGAACCCAUCUGAUCUUGUACAAGCCAAGCCAAAGACAGUCAUCAACGACAUGGGCGAUUAUAUCACCCAAACCACCUGUGUUUGGGCUCACUUGACAGAGAAUCUGGUCAAGGGUCCGCACAUCAAGGAAGCGGCGCUAGAGAUACACAAGCAAGCCCAGAACGAAAAUCGGUGCGCAGAUCUGACUGCCGUGACCGCCAUGGACGUCGACCUGGCCAAACUUCGAAAAAUCAUGGAUCUCACAGCCCAAUAUUCCAAAGAAGUGCAGAAUAUCUGGCGCCAGAAAAGUCGCACAGAAGAUCGCCCAGCAAAAAGAGCUUAUUCCAGUACAUCCGGUGUGGACGCGAAACCUGCAGCUAUACCAGUAUCCAGGAUUGUCAACGAAGAUGACAAAGGAGCCGUUCGGAGGAUGUUGCCUGGCGCGCCGCAGCCAGACCAUGUCUCGCCACCCGAUGACGGCUCAGGAUCCGACGACUCUGAUGACGAGGACGACGAACGGUUUUCUCAAGAAAAGAUGGAUGCGCUCAAAACAAGGGGUAAAGGUAAUCACCAAUGCCCCAAGGGCCAUCUUUGUACCAAGGGUGGGGUCGACAAGGACGGAAACCUCGUCCAGUUUGACCGCAAUUCAGCGUUUGCGUACGUUUCCAUUUCUCUUCCUCUCGCUAGGGCAACGCUUACCAUUCUUUAG